UUUGACAUUAAAUGGGAUUAACGUGGUUCCUGGAUUUGGAUAAAACUUUCCAAUGUCGUCUGAAUGGCAAUUAAUUUUCCUUCUUAAUUACCAUUAUUAUUUAUUUUACUAAAUUUAGCUUCUUCUUCUUCUUCUUCUUCUUCAUCCAUUAAUAGACAUUGUCGUAAAAAUCGAAAAGAUAAACAUCGCCCAAAGACAUCUCUGAUUGUUUCAAUGUCUCCGAAACAGUUUAUGCAUUCCAUUCUUAGCCAAUUUAGCCUCAAUUUCAGUUCCUUCAGAUCUGAAUUUUACCAAAUUCUUCUCCACUCACUGUCUUCGUCUCUAUAAAUCAAUAUCCCAAUCCCCAAUUUCCAUAACAAUCAUUCCAAAUCGAGAAUAAUCUCAAUCUCAAUCUCAAUCUCAAUCUCGAACCGCCAUUGAUUUCCAUUUCUAUUUUCUACUUCGCCACUGCCGUCGUCAAAAAAUCAGUCUGCAGCAGGGUCAGUUAACUAACCAUGCCUGCGGGAGGGUUCGCGGUGGCUUCCUCCGGCGCGGAGUUCGAGGCCAAGAUCACUCCGGUCGUCAUCAUUUCCUGUUUGAUGGCGGCCACCGGAGGGCUCAUGUUCGGCUACGACAUCGGCAUUUCCGGUAAUUUCGAAUCUCUGAACUUGUGUUCUUCAGUACUACUAAUUUUCUUCUCUGCUCUAAAUUCGACAUGUCGAUUUGGUUCAGGGGGAGUGACGUCGAUGCCUUCGUUCUUGAAGGAGUUCUUCCCCGUCGUCUACGAGAGAACUCAGCAGCACGGAGCGGACGACAGCAAUUACUGUAAAUACGAUAAUGAGAACUUACAGUUGUUCACGUCUUCUCUGUAUCUCGCCGCCUUGACGGCCACAUUCUUCGCGUCUUACACCACCAGAGUACUCGGCCGGAAACACACCAUGCUCAUCGCCGGAGUCUUCUUCAUCUUCGGAACGAUUCUCAACGCCUCCGCCGUCAACCUCUUCAUGCUCAUUCUUGGAAGGAUCUGUCUCGGUUGUGGAGUCGGAUUCGCCAACCAGGCCGUGCCGUUGUUUCUAUCGGAGAUAGCGCCGACGAGGAUUCGUGGAGCAUUGAAUAUAUUGUUCCAAUUCGAUGUGACCGUCGGCAUUCUGCUCGCGAAUCUCAUCAAUUACGGCACAUCCAAGAUUCAAGGCGGAUGGGGAUGGAGGCUAUCGCUGGGAUUGGCCGGCAUUCCGGCGCUGUUGUUGACUCUUGGAGCGAUCUUAGUCGACGAUACUCCGAACAGUUUGAUCGAACGCGGCCAUUUAGAGAAAGGAAAAUCGGUGCUAAGAAAAAUCAGAGGAACAGACAACAUCGAGCCAGAGUACCAGGAGAUCUUGGAGGCGAGCCGCAUCGCUCAAGAAGUGAAACAUCCGUUCAGAAACCUCCUCAUGCGCCGCAACCGCCCGCCGCUCGUCAUCACAAUUCUCCUCCAGGUGUUCCAGCAAUUCACCGGAAUCAACGCGAUCAUGUUCUACGCUCCGGUUCUGUUCAACACAGUAGGCUUCGGCAACGAUGCGUCUCUCUACUCCUCCGUGAUUACAGGUGCCGUCAAUGUCCUCUCCACAAUAGUCUCGAUCUACUUCGUCGACAAGAUCGGGCGACGGAUCCUGUUGCUAGAAGCCGGCGUCCAAAUGUUCAUCUCGCAGACGAUCAUCGCGAUCGUGCUAGGGGUGAAACUGCAGGACAACGAGAACGAUCUGUCGCGCGGGACGGCGAUCGUGGUGGUGCUGAUGGUGUGCAGUUUCGUGUCGUCGUUCGCGUGGUCGUGGGGACCGCUCGGGUGGCUGAUUCCGAGCGAGACUUUUCCGUUGGAGACGCGAUCGGCGGGGCAGAGCAUAACGGUUUGCGUGAAUAUGGUGUUCACAUUCGUGAUCGCGCAAGCUUUUCUGUCGAUGCUGUGCUAUAUGAAGUACGGGAUCUUCUUGUUCUUCUCCGGUUGGGUGCUGGUGAUGUCGCUGUUCGUCAUGUUCUUUCUGCCGGAGACAAAGGGCGUUCCGAUCGAGGAGAUGACGGAGAGACUGUGGAAGGAGCACUGGUUCUGGAAGAGAUUUAUGGACGAGGAUGUGGUUAAAAAGGAAUCGGUUUAAGCAUCAAGGCCUCGUCUCGAUUUGGAAUAAUACCAUCUGAAUCAAAACAAUCUGAAUGAAAUCCGUCGGAGUUGAAUGAAAAUGUUAUUUCUUUGAUUUUGU